AUGGCGCGGGGCGGCGGGCGGCUGCAGCCCCGCGCCGCCGCCGCUGCCCCUGCCCGGGGGGACCGGGGGCCGCUCGGCCUCCUGUGCCUGGCGCUGCUGUGCGCGCUGGGCGCCGCCGAGGCGGAGUUCUCCAUCCUGGACGAGGCGCAAGUCCUGGCCAGCCAGAUGAGGAAACUCGCCACCGAGGAGCUGAGGGUCGUCACCAUGCAGAGGAUAUUCAACUCCUUCGUGUACACGGAGAAAAUAUCAAAUGGAGAAAGUGAAGUUCAGCAGUUGGCAAAAAAAAUCCGCGAGAAGUUCAACCGCUACCUGGACGUUGUGAAUCGGAACAAGCAGGUGGUGGAAGCCUCCUACACUGCCCACCUCACCUCACCCCUGACUGCCAUCCAGGACUGCUGCACCAUCCCCCCUUCCAUGAUGGAAUUCGAUGGGAAUUUCAACACCAACGUUUCCAGAACCAUCAGCUGCGAUCGCCUCUCGACCACUGUCAACAGCAGAGCCUUCAAUCCUGGGCGCGACUUAAAUUCUGUCCUUGCUGACAACCUGAAGUCUAACCCAGGAAUCAAGUGGCAAUAUUUCAGCUCAGAAGAAGGGAUUUUCACCGUGUUCCCGGCCCACAAGUUCCGGUGCAAGGGCAGCUACGAGCACCGCAGCAGGCCCAUCUACGUCUCCACCGUUCGCCCUCAGUCCAAGCACAUUGUGGUCAUUGUGGACCACGGGGCCUCUGUCACAGAGACACAGCUCCAGAUUGCCAAGGAUGCUGCCCAGGUGAUCCUCAGCUCCAUAGAUGAGCACGACAAGAUCUCGGUGCUGACGGUGGCGGACGCGGUGCGCACGUGCUCCCUGGACCAGUGCUACAAGACCUUCCUGUCCCCUGCCACCAGCGAGACCAAGAGGAAGAUGUCCACCUUUGUCAGCAGCAUCAAGGCGUCCGACAGCUCCACGCAGCACGCCCUGGGCUUCCAGAAGGCUUUCCAGCUCCUGCGGAACACCAACAACGGCACCCGGCUCCAAGGAAAUACUGACAUGGUGAUCAUUUAUCUCUCGGCUGGGAUCACAUCAAAAGAGUCCUCAGAAGAGGAUAAAAAAGCCACUCUGCGUGUCAUCAACGAAGAGAACAGCUUCCUCAAUAACUCAGUGAUGAUCCUCACUUAUGCCCUCAUGAAUGAGGGGGUGACAGGGCUGAAGGAGCUGGCCUUCCUGCGGGACCUGGCUGAGCAGAACUCGGCCAAGUACGGCGUGCCCGACCGCAGCGCCCUGCCCGUCACCAAGGGCAGCAUGAUGGUCCUCAACCAGCUCAGCAACCUGGAGACCACCGUGGGCAGGUUCUACACCAACCUGCCCAACAGGAUGAUCGACGAGGCCGUGUUCAGCCUGCCCUUCUCGGAUGAGAUGGGGGACGGCCUGAUAAUGACUGUCAGUAAACCCUGUUACUUUGGGAACCUCCUGCUGGGAAUUGUUGGAGUAGAUGUCAACCUUGCCUAUAUCUUGGAAGAUGUCACCUAUUACCAGGACUCCUUGGGAUCCUACACCUUCCUCAUUGAUAAUAAAGGGUACACUCUGAUGCACCCCUCCCUGACCAGGCCCUACCUGCUGUCUGAGCCCCCCCUGCACACAGACAUCAUCCACUACGAGAACAUUCCCAAAUUCGAGCUGGUGCGCCAGAACAUCCUCAGCAUUCCCUUGGGCAGCCAGAUCAUCACAGUUCCUGUGAACUCCUCGCUGUCCUGGCACGUCAACAAGCUGAGGGAAAUUGGGAAAGAAGCCUACAAUGUCAGCUAUGCCUGGAAAAUGGUGCAGGACACAUCCUUCAUCCUGUGUGUGGUGGUGAUCCAGCCAGAAAUCCCCGUGAAGCAGCUGAAGAACCUCAACACUGUCCCCAGCAGCAAACUGCUCUACCACAGGCUGGACCUGCUGGGCCAGCCCAACGCCUGCCUGCACUUCAAGCAGCUGGCCACGCUGGAGAGCCCCACAGUGAUGCUGUCUGCAGGCAGCUUCUCCUCCCCCUACGAGCACCUGAGCCAGCCCGAGACCAAGCGGAUGGUGGAGCACUACACGGCCUACCUGAGCGACAACACGCGCCUCAUCGCCAACCCCGGCCUCAAGUUCUCUGUCAGGAAUGAAGUAAUGGCAACCAGUCACGGCACGGAUGAAUGGAUGACCCAGAUGGAGAUCAGUGGCCUCAACAGUUACAUUGUCAGGCGUUACAUAGCAACCCCCAAUGGGGUGCUGCGCAUCUACCCCGGCUCCCUCAUGGACAAAGCAUUUGAUCCCACCAGGAGACAAUGGUACCUGCAUGCAGUGGCCAAUCCAGGACUAAUCACCUUUACUGGGCCCUACCUGGACGUGGGAGGGGCUGGAUAUGUGGUGACCAUCAGCCACACUGUGCAUUCCUCCAGUGCUCAGAUGUCCUCAGGACACUCCGUGGCUGUGAUGGGCAUCGACUUCACCCUCAGAUAUUUCUACAAAGUCCUCAUGGACCUGCUGCCAGUUUGUAACCAAGAUGGGGGGAACAAAAUCAGGUGCUUCAUCAUGGAGGACAGGGGGUACCUGGUGGCACAUCCAACCCUCAUCGACCCCAAGGGCCACGCGCCCGUGGAGCAGCAGCACAUCACUCACAAGGAGCCUCUGGUAGCGAACGACAUCCUGAACCACCCCAACUUUGUCAAGAAGAACCUCUGCAACAGCUUCAGCGACAGGACCGUGCAGCGCUUCUACAAAUUCAACACCAGCUUAGUGGGUGACCUGACCAACCUGGUGCAUGGCAGUCACUGCUCCAAGUACAGGCUGACGAGGAUCCCGGGCACCAACGCCUUCGUGGGCAUCGUCAACGAGACGUGCGACUCGCUGGCCUUCUGUGCCUGCAGCAUGGUGGACAGGCUGUGCCUCAACUGCCACAGGAUGGAACAGAACGAGUGUGAGUGUCCCUGUGAGUGCCCACUGGAGGUGAACGAGUGCACUGGGAACCUGACCAACGCUGAGAGCAGGAAUCCCAGCUGUGAGGUGCACCAGGAGCCAAUGACUUUCACAGCCAUCGAUCCCAGCCUGCAGGAUGCACUCCCCCAGUGCAUCAACACCCAGUGCAACCAGAGGACAGAGAGUGGGGAUUGCUUUGGAGUGCUGGACUGCGAGUGGUGCAUGGUGGACAGCGAUGGGAAGACCCACCUGGACAAGUCCUACUGUGCCCCUCAGAAGGAAUGCUUUGGUGGCAUUGUGGGAGCCAAGAGUCCCUAUGUGGACGACCUGGGAGCAAUAGGAGAUGAGGUGAUCACCCUGAACAUGAUCAAGAGUGCCCCCGUGGGCCCCGUGGCUGGCGGCAUCAUGGGCUGCAUCAUGGUGCUGGUGCUGGCCGUGUACGCGUACCGGCACCAGAUCCACCGCCGCAGCCACCAGCACAUGUCCCCGCUGGCAGCACAGGAAAUGUCAGUGCGUAUGUCCAACCUGGAAAACGACAGGGACGAGAGGGAUGACGACAGCCAUGAAGACAGAGGAAUCAUCAGCAACACUCGCUUCAUCGCCGCCGUCAUCGAGCGCCACGCGCACAGCCCCGAGCGCCGCCGCCGCUACUGGGGCCGCUCGGGCACCGAGAGCGACCACGGCUACAGCACCAUGAGCCCCCAGGAGGACAGCGAGAACCCCCCCUGCAAUAACGACCCCCUGUCUGCCGGCGUGGACGUGGGGACCCACGACGAGGACCUGGAGCUGGACACGCCCCCGCAGACAGCAGCGCUGCUGAGCCACAAAUUCCACCACUACCGGCUGCACCACCCCACCCUGCACCACAGCCACCACCUGCAGGCCGCUGUCACCGUGCACACCGUGGAUGCCGAGUGCUGA